AUGAAUCAAUUAGGCAACCUAGCACAACUAUCCAGAAUGUCUUUAGAAAACUUGUCCAUGGACAAUAUUAAGGCUCAAGUACACAACUUACAAAACAAACUGUCCUCACUACGUCCACCACAAGAAUUCUUCAACAUCAAGAAUGUUUCAAAACCAGCAAACUUCUCCGAUUUACAAUCUCGUGUAUCAUAUAACUUAGGUUAUUACUCCUCCAACUAUGCCCUAAUAGUCGGUUGUCUAUCCAUCUACACUCUAUUGACUAACCUCCUACUACUAUUCGUCCUAGUCUUUGUCGUUGCUGGUUUCCUAGGGAUCAACAAAUUGGCAGGCCAAGGUCUUGUGACGCCGUUUGGUUCAUUCAACACUACACAACUAUACACUGGUCUAUUAUGUAUCUCUGUACCAUUAGGAUUUUUGGCUUCUCCAAUCUCUACUUUACUAUGGUUGAUUGGUGCAUCAUGUAUGUCUGUGUUCUCUCAUGCUUCCUUUAUGGAAAAACCAAUUGAGACCAUCUUUGAAGAAGAGACUGUUUGA